AUGCUCAUGUCAACCAAAUCCACGUUCACCCCCUCAACCGACAUCCCUUCCCUAAAAGACAAAGUCAUCCUAGUGACAGGUGGCACCAGUGGCCUAGGAAAGCAGUCCAUCAUUGAGCUCGCCAAACAUGGACCAAAGGAAAUUUGGCUUGCGGCUCGCGACCCUAAAAAGGCCGCCUCCGCAGUUACAUCUAUCAAAAGCGGUCUUCCCGAACCAGUCAACAUCAAAACCCUCGACAUGGACCUAACGUCCCUAGACUCUGUGAAACAAGCAGCCGGAAGGUUUCUAUCUGAGUCGUCCAGACUUGAUAUCCUGCUCUUGAAUGCAGGAAUAAUGUCAGUCCCCCCGGGCCUGACCAAUGAAGACUACGAGAUACAAUUCGGAACAAACCAUAUGGGCCACGCACUACUCGCGAAACUAUUGACACCUCUUCUGCUGAAGACAACUGCAUUGUUAGGAGGGUCAGAUGUGAGAGUAGUUAUUUUGACUUCUUAUGCGCAUAACUAUGCUCCGGAAUUUGGGAUCCAGUUCGACACGCUCAAAAGCCGCGCGGAGGGGAUGAAUACUGUUGCGCGGUAUGGUCAGAGCAAGUUGGCCAAUCUACUAUGGGGGAGGGAGAUGGCACGACAAUAUCCCCAGUUAACUGUGCCGCUGGUUCAUCCGGGGCUCGUGCGGACAAACUUGGCGACUACUAUGGGUCAGGGGAGUUUUAUUAUGAGGAUGCUGUGGUGGAUUGCGAGCCUUGUUACAGGGGUCGAUGUUGAGACCGGGGCCCUGAAUCAGCUUUGGGCUGCUACUUCUCCCCGGGUUCAGAGUGGGCAGUAUUACGUUCCUGUUGGGAAGGCAAAGGAUGGGAGUAAGUAUGCCCAAGAUUUGGGACUUGGGAAGAAGCUUUGGGAGUGGACAGAGAGGGAGCUGGAGGCAUAUAUGGAUGCGUCGGCUUGA